CACGUUUUGCAGUUAUCGACUAACGCAUGAUUGGGACGGAUUCACAACGUUUACGAGUUGUUGAGGAUAGCUUAGGAAGCAUCAAGGUUCCUUUAGAACGCUACUAUGGUGCACAAACUGCUAGAUCUCUCGAGAACUUUAAUAUCUGCACAAGAUCGGACACAAUGCCAUUGCAAAUAGUCUAUUCUCUAGCUAUGAUCAAAGAAGUUGCUGCUUGUACAAACUUCAAAUUCGGGAGAAUAAGUUCCAAAAUCUCAGACGCCAUUGUAAAGUCCUGUCGCGAAAUAUACAAUGGACAGCAUGACAAUGAGUUUCCUCUCGUUAUUUGGCAAACUGGUUCUGGUACUCAGACUAAUAUGAACGUCAAUGAAGUUCUUUCGAGUAGAGCUAGCGAACUGAUUGAAGGUUCACGCAGUUCUAAACUGACUGUUCAUCCCAACGAUCAUGUUAAUCUUGGACAGGUUCAGUCAUCUUUAUCAUAUACUGUCUGUUUAAGAGUUCAAAUGAUGUUUUUCCCACUGCUAUGAAUCUGAGUAUCGCAAUGGAAACUGCAUGGAAGGUUCUUCCCUCUUUGAAUCACCUCAUAAACGUACUCAAAAGUAAGAUGCAUGAAUUUAUGGAUGUUAUCAAAAUUGGAAGGACCCAUAUGCAAGAUGCUGUUCCAAUGAGCGUUGGACAAGAAUUGAGUGGAUACGUGAGUCAACUCCAGCAGGCAGUGGAUUCAAUUAAAUCACAAUUACCGUUGAUUUGUUAUUUAGCUGUUGGUGGAACUGCCGUGGGAACUGGGCUAAAUUGUUUUAAAGGUUUCGACGAGGAACUAUGUAUGGGCUUAACACAAUUAGCUGAUCGUCUUUACAGAACUAUGUACAAAGAAUCUACACCGGUGAUAGAUCUCGUUUUCAAACCAGCUGAAAAUAAAUUUGCAGCUCUUGCAGGCCAUGAUGCCUUAUUACAGUUAAGUGGUUGUUUUAAUACCACCGCUACAGCUUUAAUGCGAUUGUCUAAUGAUUUUUGUUUGCUCAGCUCGGGACCAAACUGUGGCCUCAGUGAAUUUGUUUUACCGGCAAACGAACCUGGAUCAAGCAUUAUGCCAAGCAAGUUAAAUACGUUUCCAUUGUAGACAACUUUCUUUGUGAUGUCUCUUUUGGCUGAUAGUUCAAUCACUACUCGAUUUCACAUGAAUUGAGCUGAUCGAAUCCCCAAAGGUAUUCAACUUAUGUUUUGUCUACUGGAACCAUGCUACACAUACUUAGCAAUUAAAACGCCUGACCCAUUCAGCAGUGCACAAUUCACAACACCAAACUUGCUUCUCCAUAAGUAACUGGGUAGUAAUACUAGCCCUCUAACUGAAGUAUGACUCAAAUUCAAUAAAACGACCGCCACAAGAUGAAUGAAUGUAUUUAUUAUGCCUUAAACGUGUAACUCGUAUCUAACUGACCCUUGGAUUUUAGAGCCUAUACACUAAAGUAUAACGGUGCCCAAAGUAUUCGGAGUCUAACAACACCUUAAUCAGUAACAUUUUUACAAUCGAAACUUGCCAACCCAGUGAAGCCAGAAGCGAAGAGGUUAGAAAAUAUGUUUGAUAGAAUAUCGAUAUAUCGAGCGACAGUCUUCUAUCGAACCUCUACAACCAUGACUGAUUGCAAUAUGGUCUACUUGAGUCCAUCGUUGGUUUGGUGAAGGGGGUCGCCAUGUUAGAUGAUUUCGCUCCUUAUGCUUAGAAUUAGUGCUUACUAAAAACAUGAUUAUCUGAGGAGAGUUGCAUCGAACUAUUACCAUUAUCUGUUCGCUGGGCCGAAAUACUAAAAUGCCCGCCUAAAUGUCUUUCUGUUUGGUUCAAGCUACUUACCUGGGCAUUAAAGUCACUUACAGAGACAACGAGAACGCAACGAUGUGUAUCCCUAUUGUUCCGGGUUCUUAUUUUAUUUUUUAUUUGAACACAUACAUAUUGGUACAAGAUUGCGCCAAAUAUAUAUGCGCCACACAAAACAAUGAGAAUUUAAAGAGAAGGAAAAAGAAAAAAGGUAGGGAAGGUAAAAAAGAACAAUAAGGAAGAGAUUUGUGUAAGGUAGUGUAAUAAUAAUAUUGGUAAUAAUGGGGGAACGGAAAGGUACAACCAGAAGAAAUCUUUCAGUUAAGGAAGAUACAACCACUUUUUUAUGAAGAAAGUAAAAGAAGGUUACAGCAGGAUCGCCAUUGGCUUCUAUUCUGAGCCAUAUCUGAUAACGUUUCUAGCCACUGUGUCGCACCAUUACUCGGACCCCAGCCAGGGGGUCAUGAAGGACCGACACAGGCCAGUACUUUGCAGCUUUCUUUCAUACCAUGUCAUACACCGACCACCUCUCCGCUUUUUCCAACCAGUCCCAGCGUCAGCAAAAACUGUACGACGUGGAAUUCUCUGAGAUGACAUUCGUCGAACAUGUCCAAGCCACCGAAGUCGGUGUUUCAAGAUGGUGACAUUGAUUGCACUAUCAUCUCUGUGCUCGAACACACGAUCCCGAACCUCUGCAUUACUAACAUGGUGUUGCCACUGGAUGUCAGCAAUCCUUCGGAGACAACGAUGAUCAAACACAGAGAGUCGUCUAGCAUCCUCAACUCGGAGAGGCCAGGUUUCACAAGUAUAGAGUAGAACUCUCACCGACGCGUUGUAGAUCCGACCUUUUACAGCCAGACUAACAUCACGAAGGCGCCAAAGGUGGCCCAAAUUGGCAUAAGCACUCUGGCUUUCACUAAACGUGCAUUGAUCUCAUCACUCACGCCACCACCAGCACUUAUGCAGCCACCUAGAUACACGAAUUUCUCGAAUACUUCUAUUUGCUCAUCAUCCAGGGUGAGUACAGGAUUAGAAUCCUGCCAGUCUUGUAGAAGUACUUUGCACUUCGAAGGUGCAAAGCACAUACCAUAUCUACGGACACUGAUUACCAACUGAUUAAGUGCAGAUUGCAUGCCUUGGGCAUUAUCGCACAGUAAGACAAUAUCGUCCGCAUACUCAAGGUCGAGAAGUCUUUCUCCAGGCAACAGAUCCACACCACCAUUACUUACAUUCAUCAGAGCUGUUUCCAGAAUGUCAUCGAUGGCAAAGUUGAAGAGGAAUGGUGAGAUUGGGCAACCCUGUCUAACCCCACUGCUCGAAUAGAACAAUGGAGAAAGGUGGUUGUAUGCCCACACUCUGCCUGAGGUGUUUGUAUAUAGGGCUUUUAGGAUGUUAAUAAACUUCUCAGGCACACCCUUCUUCAAUAGACAAUCCCAGAGAACAGUUCUGUCCAACGAAUUGAAGGCAGCCCUUAUGUCAAGAAACGCUACGGUUGUUGGCCUUUGAAAAGUAUGUCGGUGUUCUAACAUUUGGUGGAGGGUGAAGAUAUGAUCAAUACAUCCUCGACCGAAACGAAAAUCAGCCUGCUCCUCGCGAGUCAAUCUUUCUCGGGUUUUAAACAACCUACGAAGAAUGACGGAAGCCAAUAGUUUGGACGCAAUCGGAAGUAGAAUUAUCCUCCGAUAGUUGUUACGAAAACGACGUGAACCCUUUUUAAAGAUAGGGACAACUAUCGACUCAUUUCAUGACGUUGGUACACUCUGUAGUUCCCAGACCUUUGUAAACAACGUCGUCAAUUCCUUAGUCAGAAAGUCACCACCAUCUUUAAAAAGAGCCAGAGGUAAGUCAUCUGGGCCCGUUGAUUUGUAUCGCUUUAAGAGUUGGAGUUCCUUGUGAACUUCCGCCUCCUUUGGUGGAUCAGUCGUCACCGGUCAUGGAGUGGUGGACAGUCUGGUCGAUGUUACCGGAGCAUCAGGCCAGUUGAACUGCCCAUCGUCCAAGACGUCGAUGGAUGUUAGUGAUUGGCGUUCCGUCAUCCUCGCAGAUUGUUUCGCUCAUACCAGACUUGCUGCCUACAAAUGAUGAACUGUCUAAAUUUAUGGAAACUACUUUCCUUGCUUCGACUAACAAUCCAGGUUCUUACGAAGCUGUUUAGCCGAACGGCGAGCGUUCAGUAGACCUGGGACGGUUGUUUACGCACCAUAAUCGUUGGCUAUGGUGACACUUGAGGAGGAAAUCGAAAGAGCAAGUUUUGUGUUGAAAGUCAAUGUGGGAGGAAUAAUAAGAAUUGAAGAGGGAUGUUGGUUAUGGAUACAGUGGUCCUGAUCGCUGUUAGAGGUAUAAUGACGGUCAUCAUUUCCCGGUUGCUCACACUAUGGAAGGGUUCUUCUAGAGGUACCUGAAAAAGAAAUUGAGUUAUAGGUGGUGUUAGUGACCCGAAAGGGUGACCGCGAUGCUCAAGGGACAGCUGCUUGAGGCCGGUCACACACGGGAUUUUUGCGAGUAACUUUCCUGUCAGCUUCUUAAUUAUUGGAACCUUAUCGCCGGAGACGGAAAUCCGUGGGACAGUGCGAGACGUGCAUUUUUAGCGUCGACCUUUUCUAACCCCAUCCCUCUUUGUGGGAAGGCAGCAUCUCUGUUAUGCUAGUUGUCCAAUGGCAGCACCUUACUGUCGUCACACCUCUGUACAGUCAGCAAUAUGACUUCGCCCUCAGACUCUGGGUUUGCUGCUUUUAGUCUCACCGUUCUUCAGCCGACCUGUUCGGCAUGGUAGGACCUUGAGGAACGAUGGUUCCAGCCAGUAUUCCUCGAUUAGUCCACGAUAGUCAAGCCGAACCAUCACAUAAAGGUAGCAGCAACAGUCGGUGUCCGCGUGACUAUCGUAACCAAUAGUCAGAGACUCUGUGUGGCAUGGCUCAGAAUCGAUCACAAUAGCGUCGGUUAAUACACUCUUUGUCUUCCCUUAAACCGUGAAAUUAAGAUUGCUUUACACCUUUCUUUCUACCAAUUAAUUCUACCUUCCUGUAUUAUAUCCUUAUAUGCUAUCUUUCUUUUAUAUACUACCGUUGAAGCAGCUGCUUCUACGAACUUGGUGAUCAUCUUGUUGUGUUAAUGAGAUGUGACUUGAACCGAUGCAUAUAUGUGCCUGGUCCUUCAAUGUUAAAUGAGCGAAUUUUUGUGGAAUUCUAACAAAUAGUCGUGGCUAAGUUACUUGGCCGAGAUGAAAAAAACGAAGCUUACAAAUUAUUUAAUAAUGCUAUUGAUUACUGAUUUUAAAUUUUAUCAGUUUUAGUCUGGAUUUUAUUGUCAUAUUCGAUGUGAAACAACACCGCCGUGCAUCUCCAAAAUUACUGUUCAUUGAAAGGUAAAAUCAGGACUCAUAAAAGAAUCACUCUUAAUCUACUUAACAGCCUAUUUAAGGCUAGAGGGUUAUAUAUUAAUGUUAUUUAAAUAAGACAACACAUUAGUUUUGCAUUUAUUUGAAAUUAAAUGUACUGCUUGAUAUAAGCUCACUGUAUAUUUGAAUUAACAAGCGUUUCCUAAGUGUUGAAGACGUAUCAAUAUGUGGUAAAUAUGGUUUUAAAGCUGGCUUAACAGGAGACUAGAUACAUUUUGCACAAUGUUAUUAAUUUUGCUCGUAAAACAUUGAAACAAACCUAAAACUUACUCAGCGACAAUAUUAUUUUAAGUUGUCAGAUUGAUAAGACGAAGUUGUUAGCUAACUAGGAUUAUCUUGACUUUUAACCUUCGGUUGGACUUCCUUAACCAAUAUUCUAUGCUAUAAUACCUACUUCAAAUAAUGCUUUUCGGGCCAAAUUCGAAGUCGUGGUUUUGUCGUUUCUUAGUGUGUUUUCCAAAAAACAAUGUAUUCUGGCUAUUUAAUCUCAAUUUUCAUAAGCGAUAAAGCUGCAAAAUAUAAUUUGUUUUCCAAACUUGGAUCCUGUGGAGUGUUAAUUGAAACAUUUUUCAAUGGAAUAGAAAGGUAUUUCUCACUUGAAUCUAAAACAUCCACUUUCUUUUUACUUUACAAAUCACCUCACCUGGGUUAGUAUCAGUAUUUAUACUGGCGUACCGACUGAAACUGAUACCUAACAGCUAUUAUUGCAAGCAUUCCGAUGCUAUAUAUUAGACUGCUAAUAUCUAUCAAAAGACGUAGCUAUUUGUACAGUAAUGAAUCCAGGUUCUAUUGUACAUUUGGUUAGAAUGGGAGGUUUUCAAUAUCUUGAAAGUUUAAAAAAUAGUUGUCAUACAUUUGUCGUUGUUAAUUUCUUCAAUCACCAUAUUUUUCAAAUCUUAAAUUUGACCUAUGAAUUUUUUCCUCAAAAAACACUAAAUUGGUUCUUACUGAUGAGAAGAAUAUGGUUCUGAAUCAUCUGGUUUUCUUAGUCUUAUUUCUCACUCGGAUUCCCAUCUGUACACUCGAUAUCCAGUUUUGUGAACCUAUUUAUCAUUUUGUAAGGUUGGCUAGGUAUUUUCUUUAUCCACAUUCUACGGUAGGGCAGCAUUUUCUUAUUUCAUUCAUAUACAUAUAUUUCUCAGUUAACUCGGUUCCUUAAUCAGAUGAAUAACUUAAUUACUAAGUAAGCUAAAAAUAAAGAUCUCUAAGAAUUUAACUUUCCGUAAAUUAGUUCUGAAACUAAUAAUUUAUCCACACCUAAUACACCUUUAAUUAUAUAUUUUUACUGUUUCAAUGACCAGCUUUUGGAUGUCUCAAGUUGCUGUUGUCGGGUAACAAUUCACUUCUGGUAUGAUUUUCUGCAGUUGUGGGUCAUAAGUGUCCUAAACCCCUGUUAAGGGCUCUAUAAUCUCCUGGCCUGAUUUCUUCAUUCCCUUUAGGAACAUUGUGCAACAGGGAUGCCCAGGGACUAUUAGAUGGCCUUAUGAUACCAAGUUUCAUCAAUUUUGCGAAUUCUCGUUUCGCAGUUUUUAACCUUUUUGGGCCUAACCUUCAUGGUCUUGCGUUAGUCGGUGAACCUUUCGUUAUGAUGUAGUGCCGCACAGUAUGUUUAAGAUCUCUGCUGUCGUAUGAUACCUUCGUCAAAUCGGCGUACUCAUUUAGAAACGACUUACGUGGCUCGCUUUUGUCUUUUGCACUACUAAGUUCAUAGAUGGUCGGCGGUCACUCCUUUUAUCUUUACUGAAUAGCCUCUGUUCACGAGCCCGUUUCGUCGGGGAUCCAUUAGUUAGUCGAAAUUCUUUAAAAAAUCAAUACCAAUUAUAGGUACGGACGCAUCUGCGAUAGCGAAUUCCCAGCAAAAUGAAAUACUACGACCGAAGUAUAAGGUUAAUUUUCGCUUCCCGUAUGUUUUUCUGUCGGAUAUAUUUGUUGCUUUAAGGGUUAGUGCCGUAAUAGUACUUCGUCUUUCGUUGUUCACUGGAGGCACGACGCUUAUUUCUGCUCCCUUGUCUACUAAGAAUUGAGCGCCUGUUUCCUUGUCCUGGACAUAAAACGAACGACUGUUUCUAGGAGCUGUGCUAGCUGUCGCAUUCAUUACCGGUAACCGGCGGUACCGUUUAUAUCUGCAUGGUGGUCUACAUUUCCGGGCUCUGUUGCCGUACCUUUGAUGGUACCAGCAUAUUGUCGGAGCUGAGCGUCUUUUAGAGCAUACUUGGUUUUUGUCUCUCGCUCUCUUUUGUGACCAUUUUCUUUGUCCUUCAUUCUGAUUUAGCUUCGUCAAUUUGUGGCAUAAAAUAUUAUUCUUUUUGUAACGUAUCUAUUCUUUCAUAUACUGUGAUGUUAUAUCAGGGCCUCACGGACGGCGUUUGUGGAAGGCCUAUCAUGUCGUUAUUUGAAGAGAUGUUUAUAUACAAUAAUUAGUACACAAAUAAAUUAACUUAUAUAUAAGGGAAAAGAAUUAGAUAGACCGUAAUAAUGCUGAUAACAAAUGAUAAAAUGUUAUAACGCAGAACAUACUAAACUGCAGCAGUAUAACAAUUAUGUGCAUGUCGUUACUUGUGGUUAUUAAUAUUGUCAAAAUAUGUUCAAUAAUGUUUAUGAAAUGAUUACCAUGUAAUGAAAAUAUGAUAAUAAUUCACACUAAUUAUUUGUAUCGCGAUGGACUAGGUUGAUUUUCGUAUUUCGAUAGAAUUGUAGGAAGCUGUAUUGCGUUCGCACGUCGAGAAACACCAAUUUUGUUGUGGUCGGUAUUCGAUAUUAUUCUUAAACUUCGUAUACUGUUCGUCCUGAUAACCGUUAGUAAAUAAUGCCUCUAACGAUGUAUAAAUCGGAUGACGAAUACGAAGCGUUGAUUACGUUUAUGAUUGCACCAUGCACAGGUACACGAAACAAAAAUGAAAGGCUAGUGCCGAAAAGCAAGCGAGUGAGUCAAAUGAGUAGGAUUAAAAUGUAUAUGUAUAUUUUAAUCCUACUUACUACUGGUUUUAUGGCCAGUGUGUGGUGCAAUAAUAAACGUUAUCAACGUUUCGUAUUCAUCUUCUGGUUUAUACACCGUCGGAGGCAUUAUCUAGUAACGAUUAUUGGGACGAACAGUAUACGAAGCUUAAGGAUAAUAUCGAAUACCGACCACAACACUUCUUUUCACAAUCAAAAUUACCAUUUAGCUAUCCUCAAUUUUUGGUCAAAUAAAUAUUCCGCACACUGGAGUUAUUAACAAUAAAAUAUUUCGGUAAAACUCUCUUACGAAAUGUUCACAUUGUUUUUUGUUUUGCCCUUAUUCCUUAUAUAAAAGGUAAAGUCAAUCCAACUCAAUGUGAAUCUCUACGAAUGGUUAGCUUGCAGAUAAUGGGUAAUCACUUCACAACUUCGAUGGCAGCAUCUCAGGGUCAACUGGAAUUAAAUGUUUAUAAACCUUUACUAGCUGCAAAUCUCUUACAUACGUGUGAACUGUUAACAGAUUCGACACGUUGUUUUGCUGAUAAAUGUGUCAAAGGUCUACAGCUGAAUCGAGAAAAAAUCCAGGAAUAUGUUGAUAAGUCUCUUAUGUUGGUUACGGUUCUAACACCUCAUAUUGGUUAUGAUUUAUCAGCCAAACUGGUUCACCAUGCAUCGAAAUUCAAAAAAGGAUUGCGUGAAAGCGCGAUUGAGCUAAAUUUACUAUGUGGGGAAAAGUUUGAUGAAAUUGUUAAACCAAUGGAAAUGGCCUUUCCUCAUAACAACAAAUGAAUUCUAAAAAUUUUAUUUUUUGCCUUUUAUUGCUUGGGUUAUUAACAGUAUGAUUCAAUUUGAUCCUACGAACUUCUAAAUUUACAGUGUUAUAUUAAGAAAAUCAGAUAAUCUAACUAUUUAAACAAUAAAAUUUUCCAUAUGAAUUUUUACAUAUUCGUGGCAGACGAUGCCUCCAUAAGCUUGAAAUGUAAUCUGUAUUAAAAUUACACACAUAUAUGCCUACAUUAAAUGAACAGAGAAAUGGCCGGAAGUACUGGAGGUCACACAAUCAUUAAACACUAAAAACAUUGAAGACAGCCUCAAGCAGCCUACUGACCUUGAAUGUUCCGAGCAAAAAUAUAAAGAUUUGUUUUAAUAAACAAACCUCGCUAAAAUGAAAUUUCACUCUCAGUAACUUUGUUACGAUAUCAAUAUGCAUGUUGAAUUAUUAAUAGGAUUAAGAUUUUGAAAAAAUCAAUAGCUUUAAUAUGACAAAAUCCCUAUAAAUAUUUUAUAGAAGAGAUAGUUUCCAAAGAUCUCGUCUAACAAAACGACACUACAUAUGUAAAUAAACUACAUUUAUGAUUACUUACUUACUUACACCUGUUACUCCUCGUGAAGGAGCAUAGGUCGCUCACCAGCAUUCUCCAUCCAACCCUGUCCUGGGCAAUCCUUUCCAGCUCCUUCCAGUUGUAAUUCAUCCUUUUCAUAUCUGCUUCUAUUAUCCGACG